CACACACAUCUCCUUAAUAAACGAAAACGAAUCACUGCAAAUUUACAAUUAGCUAACUCAACCAUUAUUUUUCCCUCUAUAAACUUGAGAAGCGCAAUUAGCUUUGCAUUCCAUGUUGCAAUCAAUUUGUGCUCUGAUCGAUAUAUUCAUCUCUGAAUUUGCUCUAGUUAAAUAAAAACGGGCCUCGGAGUGAAUUAUAGUUAUUGGGUAUGAAACUGUUAACAAAACAGAGUUUGAAUUUUUUUAGCCUUACUGGCAUUAAUGGAGAGCACAGUGGGUGAAUUUAUAAAAAGUCAAGUAGCGGAUUGGGAUGACGAUGUGAUAACAAGUGCAAGGUUUAAGGCAUUCAGUGGGCAAAGGUCGGAUUGGGAAGCUAGGUUUCAGUUCUGGAGAGAUCUCAUCAUCAAGGUUGCUCGGCAUUUGGGUCGAAUUAUAAUCGAUACAGAAGAGGUGAAAAAUAAUUGGUUUGUUCGACAAGGCCUGACACCUUUGUGCCUCAAUCAUGUUUUGCUUGAAAUGUACAGGUCUGGGGAUCUUUACAACCGAGAUCAAGAUGUGAAAGGUCCAACAUCCUCUCAUUUUCUGUGGCUGUUUAAACAAGUAGCAAGUUUGAUAGGCAUAUCAUCAACUCCUGUCCAGGACGUGGUUGAAGGGAAAUUCGCUGUGACAGUAUUGGUCAAGGAACGAGCUGAUCAAGUCAGAAGUUCUUUAACAGAAAGCCAUUGGACUUCUCAUUGUGUUAUGACUAUGGAAAGAUUCCAAAAUCUUUGUGGAGGGUUUGAAGAGGCAAAUGUGGUCAUGGCAAAUUUUCUGGAUUGUAGAAGAGCUCAGCACCUUCUAAUUGAUAGAGAAGACGGCCAUAUUGAGGGUGUAAAAGUAUCUCUGGUCUCAGUUCCUGUGACUAAUGUUUCACAAUUGGAUUAUGACAUUCUGCAUUUGCAUUGGACAUUGGACAGGCUUCAAAAACAGCUUGAAGUGAUUGAUACACGAUGUAAGAAGUCAAAGGCCUCAGCACUAUCUGCAAUCCAGGCUGGGAACAAACAAGUUUCUCUCAGACAUGUACGUUACAUGAAGAUGGCAUUAGAAAGUAAAGCAAAAUGUGUUGGAUUCAUGGACAGAGUGGAAGAAGUUCUUGGUGUAAUAGUGGAUACUGAAUCAACAAAAAAGGUCAGUGAAGCUAUUCAACUGGGGGCACAAUCAAUAAAGGAAAACGGCAUCAGCAUUGAAGAAGUUCAUGCAUGUCUACAGGAUCUUGAUGAGAGUGUUGCUUUGCAAAGGGAGAUGGAAGAUUCCUUGGGGGCAAAACCAAUUUCAUUCGUUGACAUGGAAAAUGAAGACCUCGAGGAGGAAUUUGGAAGACUUGAGAUGGAACUUGAAGAUGAGAAUCUAUUGAGUAAAUUGCAAGCUUCAGAGGAUAAAAUAUUUGUUUCAGAGGGUAAACUGAAUGCCUCAGAGGACAAAGCAAUUGCUUCAGAUGCUGCAAAACAAACUAAAUCUCAAGAGGCAGCACGGGCAGAGUCACUGUCUCAGGCUCUGUCAAAACUGGCGCUUGAACCUGCUUAAGACCAAUUUCUAUGCAUGAGAAACUGGCAGGACCCAAUGAGUCUCAGUGGAUAUGAUUCAUCAGCUUGGAUGCCACUUUUCUUUCUGUAGAAGAUCUUUCCCAACUGACCUUUUUAAUUUCUUAUCCCAUUUUUCCUGUUUAUAAGUAUUAUUGUAAGUUUUGUAACUAUAGUUGUAACUAUUUAAUCAGAUAACUGAUAUGGCCUUCAAGAAUUUGCUAUUUUGCAGUUCAUAAAACUUUGAACUGACUGGUAUUUUGUAUCAUGUUGCGAAACAAACAAUAAUGAACUCGAAGCUUGAUAAUAGUUGCGAAUGCACUGCAGGCAGAUACUUAAAUAUUUUGUUAGAAGUCUUUUAAUAUUAGACCCUAUUUGCAA